AAUAUAGUCCCGGCCAUAUAAAAGACAGGCGCUGCCGCCAAUAGUUCUUUUCAGUUGAGCUUGGAAUCGCUGUGCGGAUCAUGUCAGGUGGCUCUGCAGAUUAUACCAGAGACCAUGGCGGCCCAGAAGGAAUGGACCCCGAUGGUGUCAUUGAGAGCAACUGGAAUGAAAUUGUUGACAAUUUUGAUGACAUGAAUCUAAAAGAAUCUCUUCUGAGAGGCAUAUAUGCUUAUGGUUUUGAAAAGCCCUCUGCUAUUCAGCAACGAGCAAUCAUCCCCUGUAUUAAAGGGUAUGAUGUGAUUGCUCAAGCUCAGUCAGGUACUGGCAAGACAGCCACAUUUGCUAUUUCCAUCCUGCAGCAACUGGAGAUUGAUCUCAAGGAGACCCAAGCUUUAGUAUUGGCUCCCACAAGAGAACUGGCUCAACAGAUUCAAAAGGUCAUUUUGGCCCUUGGUGACUAUAUGGGUGCAACAUGCCAUGCUUGUAUUGGAGGAACGAAUGUUCGUAAUGAAAUGCAGAAACUGCAGGCAGAAGCACCACACAUUGUGGUUGGAACUCCUGGCCGUGUGUUUGAUAUGUUGAAUCGCCGUUACCUGUCUCCUAAAUGGAUCAAAAUGUUUGUUUUGGAUGAAGCUGAUGAAAUGUUGAGCCGUGGGUUUAAGGAUCAAAUUUAUGAGAUCUUUCAAAAGCUAAGCACAAACAUUCAGGUUGUCUUGCUAUCUGCCACUAUGCCAACUGAUGUGUUGGAGGUGACCAAAAAAUUCAUGAGGGAUCCAAUCCGUAUUCUUGUAAAAAAGGAGGAAUUGACUUUGGAGGGGAUAAAGCAAUUCUACAUUAAUGUGGAACGUGAGGAAUGGAAGCUGGACACGCUCUGUGACCUGUAUGAGACUCUGACUAUUACCCAGGCUGUAAUUUUUCUUAAUACUAGAAGAAAAGUUGACUGGCUGACAGAAAAAAUGCAUGCAAGAGACUUUACAGUGUCUGCUUUGCAUGGUGACAUGGACCAGAAGGAACGAGAUGUCAUUAUGAGGGAGUUCAGGUCUGGGUCCAGUCGUGUAUUGAUAACUACGGACUUGCUGGCACGUGGCAUAGAUGUGCAGCAAGUAUCUCUGGUUAUUAAUUAUGAUCUUCCAACCAAUCGUGAAAACUACAUUCACAGGAUUGGGCGUGGAGGCCGCUUUGGUAGGAAAGGUGUGGCCAUAAACUUUGUUACAGAGGAGGAUAAAAGAAUUCUUCGGGAUAUUGAGACUUUCUACAAUACUACAGUGGAGGAGAUGCCCAUGAAUGUGGCUGAUCUGAUUUGAUUCCUGGGAUGAGAUUUUGACUGCCGUACUCGCUGUUGCUGAAUAGGCGAAUAACGACGCACAUUGUGCUUUUCUUUGGAAAUAUAUUGAAUCUUGUCUCAAUGCUCCUAACGGAUCAGAAAUACAGAUUUUGUGAAGCAAAGCGACAAUAGUCGCCGUCUUUGGAAGGAAAGCUGUGGGCUUUAUCCUCUUUCCAGAGUUUAGACUGUUGGGGUUGGGUUGUAAAGCGAUGGGGUCUUUACAUUUUUGUGUUAGACAUUUAUUUCCUAGUUAUAGAGAAAUGGUUGUGUUUGAUGUGCUUUAUCAUUUAAUAACUUACUUAUGGACUAAAAGAUAUAAGUGCUGCAUAAAAUCAGCCAAUUAUGUUAAAUUAGCAUAUACACACUUAUUGUACAGUACAGAUUUAGAGUUUGCUAAAUUAAGAGGGCAUAUACAUUUUUGUUUAAAUGUAUAUUUAUUCAAUAAGGUAAGUGCAUUUGUGAUGGGCCCUGAAACCCCAACAAUCUGUCUUCAGCUUAAUUGUAAAGUUGCCACAUUGCACAUGAAUUUAAAUGUUUAAUAAAUAGUAUAUUUAAUCUGA